UAUGGGUCUGUGUAAGGCAAACUUGCUUUUUGUGAUACUAACAAGUUACACUGUGCUGUUUAACCGAUGCGCAAAUACCAAUGAGUUGUUGAUGCAAACAUUUUCAAAAGUAUUAUCGCUUGAUAACGAACUUGGUAAACUAGAUACCGAAUUCAAGAAGUCCCUUACGUCGCUUGAUGAAAGAAUGGACAAUCUGGAGAUUAAACUCGAGAACUCGCUGACGGACUUGCAGACGCAGUUAGCGGAAGGGCUGGAACGUAUUGCAGAGACACAGAAAAACUGCGAACCCAAACAAGGUGGAAUUACAAAUAAUAUUCCGUCGACAAUUCCAAACACCGUGACGCAAAUGGUAAAGACCCAAUUCAUUGCAAUUAGUACUUCCAUGAAGCGAGAAAAAGUGGCUUUAAGGAAUUUGAAAACCGAAAUGAAUAAACAUAUGAAGGCAAUAGAUAGCGAGUUUCAAAAUACACAAAAAGCGCUUGAAUACCGAUUUCUAAAUCAGAGUAUAAACAUUGAAGACCAGAUUCGGGCACAGAAAAGAAACGUGAGUGAUGUUAUUAAAGAUGUUAUUAUAGAAACAAACGCACAUGCAAAUCAACUGAAGAUUGAUGUUGUCAAUGCACUCAGUGGUUUGGAUGAACGUUUUUCAAAUCAAACCAAAGAACUGAAUGGUAGGUUUGAAAACCAGUCAGAGGCUAUAGGCGAAUUCCAGACAAAUCAGGAAAACAGAAUAUCAUCCCUUAACUCGAGAAUGAGCUCAACUGAGGGAAGUUUGCAAAGUUACAAGUCGUCUUGUGAUUCAAUUUGGUCGGAAGUCAGCAAUCUAGAGACCCGAGUAUCCUCAAUCGAAAAAUUGCUUUCAGUGGAUGGCCAAUGGGGAAACUGGAUGGGAUGGACGAAGUGUGACACCCGGUGUAAGACAGGACAAGGGUAUCGUUCAAGGGAGUGUAACAACCCUGUCCCACUAUACGGAGGUGCCAGUUGUUCCGGCGAGGAACUAGAAAUCCGAGCUUUUGCUGACUGUUCGGAAAUAAGGCAGAACCUUGGAAGUGUGUCCUCUGGCGUCUAUCUUAUCACCACAUGGAAAACAAACCAACAUACGAAAGUGUUCUGUGAUAUGGACACUGAUCAAGGUGGAUGGACCGUGUUUCAACAUCGUGUGGACGGAAGUGUGGAUUUCUAUCGCGACUUCUCCUCAUACGAGGAUGGGUUUGGAUCUCUGCAGGGAGAAUUCUGGUUGGGUCUCAAAUUGAUGCAUGAGAUGACAUCCCGGACAGCACAUGAUUUAAGAAUUGACAUCACACGCGCCAAUGACAGCACCGCCUAUGUCGUAUACGCUGACUUCAGUGUGGGAGCCGGGUCUAAUUAUACCUUACAUGUAGGAAAUGCACUGUCAGAAAGGGGACUUGCAGUGCUUCCGGAUGGGCUUCAGUUUAAUACCUAUGCAAACGGUUCUGCCUUUACCACAUUCGACGAUGACAAUGAUGACAGUUGGUGGGGUUAUUGUGCCGUGCGCUAUCAUGGAGCAUGGUGGUACAGAUUCUGCACCUAUAGGGCGAACCUGAAUGGCUUGUACUACACACCCGGAACUUUUGUCAGCAACAAAACCGCUAUGAUAUUUGAUAGUAGAGAAUCUUUAAAAACUAGCAGAAUGAUGUUCAGACCUUCUGUGUAGUCAUCGUUUGACCAACAAGUGCUUUUGUAUUUCUAGCUAAGUAUUAGUUUACAUUCAAUUAAGAAUUGGUUCUACACAAACGAUUAAGGGACAAAUAUUUCAUCAAAUUUAACAAGUUUAUCAGGUUAUAUUUGUUUGUUCUUAAUAGUUCUAAAACUGCACUUGCACAGAUAAAACUUUUUUUUCAAGUUGUUUUGCACAGAUACACCAUUUUUUACAACUUGUUUUGCACAGAUACACCAUUUUUACAACUUGUUUUGCAAAGAUACACCAUUUUUACAACUUGUUUUUUAUUGUUUGUCUUGGAAAGAGCAAAUAUUUGCUUAAAUACCUGCAAACCAAUGAUAGGAGAUUGCUAACAAAAGAUAAGAUCGUAGAUUUUUAUAUUAUCGUUCGAAAAUCAAUGUUUUGAGGCUUUAACCGUUACUUACGGUUUAAGAAAAUGCACAAAACAAAACUAUUGAACUUAAAUAUCAAAAUCUGCUAUCUAAUUUUUGUCACCAGUUUUAUAUACAUGGUUUUCAAGGAUUUUCGCAAAAGAUGGCACGAUCCCAGACUAAAACAAGUGGUCGAAACGUUCAAUCUGUGAGAGUGCAGUUUUGUACAAUGACAGGUGUGACUUCAUAUUGCCACGUGUGUAUUUAAACGUUCAAUCUGUGAGAGUGCAGUUUUGUACAAUGACAGGUGUGACUUCAUAUUGCCACGUGUGUAUUUAAACGUUCAAUCUGUGAGAGUGCAGUUUUGUACAAUGACAGGUGUGACUUCAUAUUGCCACGUGUGUAUUUAAACGUUCAAUCUGUGAGAGUGCAGUUUUGUACAAUGACAGGUGUGACUUCAUAUUGCCACUUGGGUAUUUAAACGUUCAAUCUGUGAGAGUGCAGUUUUGUACAAUGACAGGUGUGACAUCGUAUUGCCACGUGUGUAUUUAAACGUUAAAUAUGUAAUACCAAUAUGGUUGAAUCAGAGUAUAACUUUUGUGCAGUUGUCCUUUGUUUACUGACCUGAGAACUAAAUAUAUCCUGAUUUAAUCUAUGAACACUAUAAAUAAAUAUGUAUCAUCAUGUCUAGUACUUAUAGUGGGAAUAUUAGAAAUCUUUCAAAAUUUAAUCCCAUGACAAAACGUACUGAUGCUUUUGCUGUUGUUUCUUCUUUAUUUCAUGCAAUUUAUUGCUUUAUUCAUUUGAGAUACAGUAGAAUCCCGUUGGCUUGAACGCACACGGAUCGGCGUAAUUACCUCGAGCCUCGGUAAAUUCGAGCCAAGCGGGAACGCUUACCUUUUGUAUAAAUACAUCGGUCUUUUUACAUCUCAUUCAAGCCAACGAGGAAUUCGAGCCGAGCGACCUCGAGCAAACGGGUUUCGACUGUUUAUAAGUAGUUUGUAUAUACUUGUCAGAUAUUAAUAUGUUUACUUUUUUUCUUUUGUAUCGCCAUAUGUGUAUACAUUAGGCUGGUUGUGUUUGGCAAAAGGCGUGUAUUUGCUGCUAUUGCCACUAGCCUGAGACUGAAACUGUAAAAGCAUUGAGCGAUUGAGGUCUGACGUCACCAUGUUCUUUUGGAAAAGCAACAUACUUUUCCUGUAUGAAAAUCAUUGGCUUGAUUUAGAACCUAUUGUCAUAAACUCCAUGCUGAAACUAUUUGUUUUCUUGGUGUCGUAGAAAUACCGACAAUGUUUAUUUCUAUAAUCUGAUGGCAUCGGAAAAUUUAACCCAUAUUAAAUCCACUGCUAUUAACGUUCAUAAACUCAUGUUAGCUAUAGAUUACACUUAACUUUUUUAACCAAGAGACAUAACUCGUAUUUAGUUACAUAUAUGCAUUUUUUUAUAUUUGAUUUUGCACUGUAACAUGUGUUAUGGGCUGGAGGCCUUUUAUUGAAUACACUUUCGUUCGUUCGUUCGUUAUAAGAGUAACUGGUGGCUGUAAAUUUUAAUAAAUUAUAAAGGUCAAUAUGUACACAGCUGAAAAUAAAUGUUCGCUAACAUGCGAUAUCUGAAAGUAAUCCCUUUCAUUUUGUAUUAUUUUACAUGUUUUUGUACUCUGUAUUAUUUCUUAUAUUUAGGAUGUGUUUAGUCAUUCUCAUAAAUAUAUAUGUUGGAUGAAGGCUUUUGUUCCGUUUGUAUCACCAGUUGCUGUUUUAAAACAAAACAAAAACAUCUUAGUGAAGUAGUGAUUUAUUUAAAAAAAAAUUUAAUUCGACGAAAAUGUUUUUCCACCAGAAAUGUGUACAAACCCUUCUAGAAUAAAAAAAACGACUCAAUGGAAACGCGAUAAAUACCAAUUCCAACAUGUUGAUGAAUGUUAAAAUUACUUAAGUGUUACUUUUGAAUGAUUAUCUAAUAACUAUCUUGAACGUGUAUAAACUUUGUUUCGUGGCGUAAUGUUGAUAAACAUUGGCCUUUGUGAAUCUUUAUUUUGCAAACAUAAUUGGUCGUUGUUAUGUAGCAACAUUAAAUCGAUUACUUUUA